AUGCACGCCAACGCCCUCCUAGCAGCGCUGCUCGCACCGGCGGCCGUCUCGGCGCAGCUGAACGACCUUGCCGUCCGCGCCGGGCUCAAGUACUUCGGCACGGCCCUCCGCGAAGGCGCCAUAAACAGCGACGCGGCCUACGCGGCCAUCCUCAAGAACAAGAGCGAGUUCGGCCAGCUCGUUCCCGAGAACGGGCAGAAGUGGGACGCCACCGAAGCCUCGCGCGGCACCUUCACCUACACGCAGGGCGACAUCACGGCGAACGUGGCCAAGAGCACUGGCCAGGGACUCAGGUGCCACACCAUGGUGUGGUACAGCCAACUUCCCAACUGGGUGUCCGGGGGCUCUUGGACACGAGCAACCCUGACGUCGGUCAUCGAGACGCACAUGGCGAAUGUCAUGGGCCACUACCUCGGACAGUGCUAUGCUUGGGACGUUGCAAACGAGGCUGUUGCCGAUGACGGAAGCUGGCGCGACAGCAUCUUCUACCGGACGUUUGGCACCGACUUUCUCCCCAUCUCGUUCAGCGCCGCCAAGAAGGUCGACCCCAACACCAAGCUGUACUAUAACGACUACAACCUAGAGUACAACGGCGCCAAGACGAACCGCGCCGUCGAGCUGGUGCAGAUCGUGCAGAGCGCCGGCGCGCCCAUCGACGGCGUCGGCUUCCAGGGCCAUCUCAUCGUGGGCAGCACGCCGUCGCGGUCGAGCCUCGCCACGGUGCUUAAGCGCUUCACGGCGCUCGGCGUCGAGGUCGCCUACACCGAGCUCGACAUCCGGCACUCGAGCCUGCCGGCCUCGUCGGCGGCGCAGGUCACGCAGGGCAACGACUUUGCCAGCGUAGUUGGGUCGUGCCUCGACGUGGCCGGCUGCGUCGGCGUGACGGUGUGGAGUUUUACCGACAAGUACAGCUGGAUCCCCGAGACGUUCAGCGGCCAAGGCGACGCCCUCAUCUACGACAAGAACUUCAACAAGAAGGCCGCCUGGACGUCCAUCUCGUCCGUCCUCGCCGCCAAGGCCACCACCACGCCUCCCCCGGCCACCACCCUCAUCACUUCGGUCGUCACUACCAGCACCAGCACCACCACCCCGGCUCCCGUCACGUCUUCCUCCUCUUCGAGCAGUUCGAAGCCGACCAGCUCUGCGCCCCCGACCACUGCGCUCGCAGCUCACUGGGGCCAGUGCGGCGGCAACGGCUGGACGGGGCCAACGGUCUGCGAGAGCCCUUGGACGUGCAAGUUCUCCAACGCUUGGUACUCGCAGUGCCUGUGA